AGUUGUCAACAUGACAUAGUCGGUGGACCACAAAUGCAAUUUACCCCUAUAAAACCACAAUUAGAUUCUUGCGUGGAGUUUCGGAAUUUCCCAAUUGAAUGACGUUUUCCCCAAUUGAUGAAGCAACUAAUCGGAAAAGGGAAGAGCUGGCGGGGGAAACUAGGAAUGAACACGAGGUAGCCUGGCGCGGCCACUGGUAGAUAGAUAGAUCGAACAUCUCUCUGUCUCUUUCAAUUCCCAAAGCUUCUCUGUUCUUUUGCUAUCUUCUUCUCGUCCUUUUCUCACCUGCAGCAAUUCAGCUACCCAGUGCUCCGAAUCCGAUAACCCAGAUUCCCCAAGCUUCGAGAAAUUGUCCGCCAUGGCUGCCCUGCCGCAGGAUCACCGGCAGCCCCUGAUCUCCGGCGAGGAGCCGGACGAGCGGGAAGAGACGGCAUACGAUUCCUCCGAGAAAAUCCACAUAGUCGGGGUUGAUUCCGACUCCGACGCGUCCGAUUUCGCACGGCCCUUCUCGUGGAGGAAGCUCUGGCUCUUCACUGGGCCUGGGUUCCUGAUGUCCAUAGCGUUUCUUGAUCCGGGGAAUUUGGAAGGCGAUCUUCAGUCCGGUGCGAUUGCUGGGUACUCCUUGCUCUGGCUGCUUAUGUGGGCGACCGCGGUUGGGCUGCUCAUUCAGAUGCUCUCGGCUCGGCUCGGCGUGGCAACCGGCAGGCAUUUGGCCGAGCUCUGCCGGGCGGAGUAUCCGACUUGGGCACGGAUGCUGCUUUGGAUUAUGGCUGAAUUGGCACUCAUUGGAGCUGAUAUUCAAGAGGUUAUUGGGAGUGCUAUUGCGAUUAAGAUUCUGAGUAAUGGGUAUUUGCCCUUGUGGGCUGGCGUUGUCAUCACCGCUCUCGAUUGUUUCGUGUUCCUGUUUCUCGAGAACUAUGGUGUGAGGAAAUUGGAAGCGUUCUUCGCAUUUCUGAUCGCUGUAAUGGCAAUUUCUUUUGCUUGGAUGUUUGGUGACACGAAACCGAAUGGAACUGAACUUCUUUUGGGUAUCUUGAUUCCUAAGCUCAGCUCAAAAACCAUAAAACAAGCCGUUGGAGUUGUGGGUUGCAUCAUCAUGCCCCACAACGUGUUCUUGCAUUCUGCUCUAGUACAAUCCAGGGAUGUUGAUCGAACCAAGAAGGGUCGUGUCGACGAAGCUCUUCGAUACUAUGGAAUCGAGUCAGCUGUUGCACUAGCUGUAUCGUUUUUCAUCAAUUUAUGUGUCACUGCUGUUUUUGCAAAGGCGUUCUAUGGCACUGAAGUAGCCAAUAGCAUUGGCCUUGUAAAUGCAGGGCAGCUUCUUCAAGAGAAAUAUGGGGGUGGCGUCCUCCCAAUUCUGUACAUAUGGGGUAUUGGAUUGUUGGCCGCAGGCCAGAGUAGCACAAUCACUGGCACUUAUGCCGGCCAGUUUAUAAUGGGAGGUUUCCUGAACUUGAGAUUGAAGAAAUGGGUUAGGGCAAUGAUCACUCGGAGCUGCGCCAUCAUCCCAACUAUAAUUGUUGCACUUAUCUUUGAUUCCUCUGAAGACUCCCUGGAUAAAUUGAAUGAGUGGCUGAAUGUGCUUCAGUCAGUUCAGAUUCCUUUUGCACUUAUACCUCUUUUAUGUUUGGUCUCCAAGGAACAGAUCAUGGGCACUUUUCGGAUCGGUCCCUUUCUUAAGACAAUUUCAUGGGUUGUGGCUGUACUGGUGAUGCUGAUCAAUGGCUACCUAUUGUUGGACUUCUUCAAGAAUGUGGUAGAUGGAGUGAUAGUUGCAAUAUUGGUUUGCGCAUUCACAGUUGGAUAUGUAUCAUUCAUACUCUACCUUGUGUCCCGAAACUUUACGUUUGCGCCAUGGAGCCGCCAGUCUAAGCACAUAGACCUGAAUUGAGUGAAAAAGAAGGCCACCUAUUGCCAGAUAUGCAAGGCAAAAGUCAUGUUGUAUUCUACUAACCACAUAAAUGCAAAGGUCAGCUGCCUGCUGCCUCCCGGGCUUCAUACAGUUAUGAUCUUCAAAGUCUCUUCAUGUGCAUAAGCUUCUCUGGGUAGCAUCUAAUUUAGCAGCAUUGCCUGUAUGGCUUCUUACUGCAUAUGCCUUCUACACAAAGGGUCAAGGAAGAUAUUGCCUGAUCAUUGUGUAAUGAAUUGAAUCUUCAAUGCAAUUGGCUUUUUCUAGUCGAGGAUAAUAAUUUUCCUUCAUUUUAUCGACUAUUGUGUUACUAAUCAUAUGUAUAUUAACAUUAUAGAAGUGAAAAUUAUAAAUAACAAAUCAACAAUACUUUGAGAAAUAAUACAAGAGAACAUUUAUUCAUGAGAUGCUACAAUAUGAUAGGAAUACCGAAUAUGUUAAAACUUAAAAUAUAAA